AUGAAACUGCUGUUGCUAGGGAUAUUGGCCCUCGUGUUGACUGUCGUUAAUUCGGUGCUUGUUGAAAACGCCUUCUCCACCAGUGAGUCCAUAAACUACUUGUACCAGACGCCGUUAUCCAACAUUCACGUACUAGGUGGCAAGUUGGUCGUGGCAACAAACAAAAAGGGUCAAUUGCAAGGUGUAGAUGCUUUACACAGCGGAGUUUUACGAUGGAGACUAAACCCAGAGGUGACAAGAGACCACCAAUUGUUGUUCACCAGUGAUAGAGUAUACGCGUGGAGCGGAACUACGCCGGAGAUUCUUGAGACUGACAACCAGGGCAGUAUUGCCCUGCGUGAGGUUGAAUUUCAGCCACGGCAAUUGUACGCUAGUCAAUUGGGAGAGUUGUUUGUGUUGGACACAUCGAGCAAUUUGCACUAUCUUGGCGGUAAUGACAAGGAAAAGGACAAGGACAAGACGUUAGUUCUUCAUGCCGAUGUUUCGCGAGUCGACUUGGAUUAUGCUGGAGGCUCAACCCACGUGAUAGUCAAUUGCAACAAACUCCUCAUUCUCUCGCCAGAGGGCGAGAUCAAGCUUCAAAAAGACGUCAACUUGGGGUCGAUCAAGGAGUUCAAGUCGGGCGUGGUCAUUACUGAAAACGACCAGAUUUUCAAGUAUGAACUGCGCGCAAAAAAUUUCAAAAGGGUCGAGAAUAACGAAUACAACAACUUGGCGGUGAUCAACAGCGAGUAUUUGUACGCUACGCUGUCCGAUGGAAUAAAGAUCAUUUCCAUUGCCAAGAGGGCUCAUGAAGUGCACCAUUUACCGGCUGCUGCCAAUUGCAAGCUAUUUGCUACUCCUUUCAACGCAUUUUUGGUGGCUUCAAACAAUCUCAACAGGAUUGUAUAUGACAUGAGUGACUUUUUGUAUACCCAUGACGCAAAAAGCAUCAAAAAGAUUCAAUUCAAGUUGCGGGAGAAUUUCCCCUUGGAGUUUUUGGUUGAGGCAGGUGGUGAGAAGAACGAGAAACUAGGUUUGCUUUUCCUAAAUGAUGAUCUUGUUGGAGAAUUAGUGAGUUUGUUAGACGGAGAAAGAAUUAAGAUUAUCUCCUCGCCAAAAUCUCAAGCGUCAUCACGGAGCCACCAAUAUCUUCUCAUUGACCAGCCAAAGUCCAAACAACUCAAGGAUGAUGUUGAGCUUUUCACCAAGGAAACCGAUGGCGCGUUGGUGUUUACGCAUUGGAUCCAGCGCACUCUCAGGCAUUUGCGCGAAUUGGGCCACUUUGUUGUCCAUUUCAAGGAUUGGUACUACUCGGAUGAAGUGAGUGAAGCUUUCGACAAGCUAGUUGUCUUUUAUGAAGAAGACCGCAAGUCGCUUGUUGCCUUGCAUUCGCACGAGGACGCUGUCUUUUGGGAUGUUCCGUUGACGGGCCAAAUUGGAGAUUUCAUCACCAUCAAGCAAGUUAUCGAAAACGACGCACCUUAUUUGGUUGUGUUAUUCGCAAACAGCAUUCACUUGAUUGAUCCUGAAACUGGUGUUCAAAUAGACUCCAAGCCCGUGAAAAAUGCGGUCGAUGUCAUGCCGCUUGACGUGAAUGUUGCUAUAGAAUGUGGCUCCAAUUUCCAAUUAUUGGCACCAUUGAGUGAAGAUGUGUAUUUGAAGAAAAUCGAAGAGGGAAGAAUUGCUGGACAUGUGAUACCAAAAGGGUCAACAGAGUCCAUUGAGACCUGGUCCAAUCUUUUAAAUGAGCCGAUUAUCAAAGUCGAAAGCAUCCCGCUGAAUUCGAAAGUUUCAACGGUGGGGAUCCCCUUGCAUGACAAGUCUGUUAUUUACAAGUACCUCAACCCCAAUCUCAUCUCGGUGUUGACAUUUGAAGAGAGGUUGAAAUUGUAUCUCAUCGACGGUAUCUCGGGUGAUUUAUUGUACACAUAUGCGCAUCCAUCAGCAGAGCUCGUAGACCCCGAGUCAAUCAAUCUUGUUAUGGAUGACAAUUGGCUUGUUUACACCUUUUUCACAUACCAACCGCGACUCGAGCAAAGGAUCAACGCCAUCGAUCUUUUCAAUUCCAAAUUGCCCACACCCGAGACAACCAAUUCCACAAUUGCUAAAAUCUACGCCAAGUCGUUCAUUUACCCUGAGCGGAUCUUGGAGAUUGCAUCGACGCAAUCGAAUCAUGGCAUCACGUUGAAAUCGAUAGUUGCAUUUACCGAGUCGGGCAACUUGAUCGAAUUGCCUAAAUUUGUGUUGAAUUCACGUAGACCUGAACACCAAAUGCAAGCGAAGGAAUAUCAAGAUGAUUUCAGAUUGAUGCCAUACGACCCAGUGAUCCCUAAAAACAAUUACCAAACUUUGAACCACAAGUAUAAAUUAGAUUACGACGAGGAAAAAGGGGGUCAAUCAAGUGCGGGCAAGAUCAUGAUCCGGCCCACGGCGUAUGAAAGUACCGCCGUGGUGUGUUUUUACAAUGACCAAAAUCAAUUCUGCACCAUUGUCCAACCUAGUUCAUCUUUUGAUCUCCUCGGUAAGAAAUUUGAAAAGUUAAAGUUGGUUGGUACGAUCAUUGUUUUGUUGAUUGCGUAUAUCGCGACUAAACCGUAUGUCGCAGAUAAGAAAUUGAAAUCUCAAUGGCUAGAUUAUAGAAAGAAAUAA